GUUAGAUUCGCAUGGAAAUUAGAUUCAGAAGCAUCUGAGCUUUGGAAGUCAUUGACGAGAUUUGAAGCAAGUUUAAAUAUCUUGCUACUUGGCUGUCUUAUUCUAGAACCUAUUCUUAUCAUUAUCUUCGAAUCCUUCACUGCUCACUACGAUAUGCUGCGUCUGUCCUACUGUACACUCGACUUGGUCGUACUGGGAUUUGCACAGACAGAUUUUAUGUAUCACGGCUUAUUUAUCGUAGCAUCCGUAUACCAGUUAUUUUUGUAUUUAGACGCUUUGCGGCAAAGAAACAUUUGCCACCUACUUGCUUUAAUUCUGUUUGGAUUCUUCUUUGUCAUCAUGUCUAUUGUCCAUGUCUUGCAACACUUUUUGUUUGAAAAGAACCGUGCCAUCAUUCAAGCUUCUAGUCCAGUCAAGCAUAGCUCAGCAGCCUAUAUUGCAAGAAUGAAACCUUUCCAAUACGCUAUACUCGCUCUCACUCCACUUAUAUUCUGUGUCAUGUUUGUUGUUACAACUCAACUAUACAAGCGCUUUCACUGGAAAAAUUACCAUGGUCAUCACACUGACAGUGAACAGUUUCAACCGCUCUUGAUCGCUUGGGGACUCUUGUGUGGUCUGCUCAAGGUUGACUUUUUCUUUUUGUUUGCAUAUGCUGUACAGUUGGCACCUGCAGGUAUUCUUAGGUAUGACGACAUAUGGAAGUUUGAAUGCGUUGUGGUGCUCUUUGGUAGCAUCCUUGCCUUUUUGGUUCUUGUUUUUUAUGGCAUUCGAAAAGAAAACAUACAUGUCAUUAUUACCUUUUUAGGUCUCAAUGUUGCUAUCAUGGGCUACUUUGGAUAUCGAACGUACGUCUUUGCCAUGCCAAGGUCUCUUCUUGCAAUAGAUCAUUAUGAGGUAUGGACAUAAGACUAGCUCUGUGAUGAUUACUUAUAUAUUGUUUCACUAGAUGACCAGAUAUAGUCUGUUAUUUACAGUAUUAGUUCUCUUGAUACUUGGAGUACUGACUGUUAGCACCUUGAUUAUCUGUAUUCGACACAGGUUUCGAUACAAAGUAAACCUAAGUCGUGACUUUUCGUGCAGUUGCCCUACUUGUUACCUUAGUUCUCCUAAAGUCAACAAUGUUGACAAUAAU